UCUCUCCUUCCUUUGCAUUAUACGCCUCCUCCUCCUCCUCCUCCUCCUAUCCUCCGGACAAGAAAUUGUAAAAGACUCAAAAUGAGAGGAGCCAUGCUUCCAUUGUCGGUGCUACUGUUAGCCACUUGCCACUUUGCCUUUUCUAUCAAAGAUGGACUGGUAGAAAAUGGGAACUUCGAGGUUGGCCCGAAGCCAUCGGAGUUGAAAGGAACAGAGAUGAUCGGACGCUAUGCAUUACCAAAAUGGGAAAUUUCCGGCUUCGUCGAGUACAUCAAAGCAGGUCAAAAACAAGGGGACAUGUUGCUGGUAGUACCAGAGGGAGCCUAUGCAGUCCGGCUUGGAAAUGAGGCAUCAAUCAAGCAAGUUCUAAAUGUUACAAAGGGAAUGUAUUAUUCCAUCACAUUUAGCGCAGCUAGAACCUGUGCUCAAGAGGAAGAAUUGAACAUAUCGAUUUCUCCAGAGUGGGGCGUUCUACCAAUGCAAACAAUGUACAGUAGCAAUGGAUGGGACUCGUAUGCUUGGGCAUUUAAAGCCUUGCUUGAUAUCGUUGAGCUUGUUGUUCACAAUCCAGGAGUUGAAGAAGAUCCUGCUUGCGGCCCGCUCAUUGAUUCAGUGGCCAUUAAAGCUUUAUAUCCUCCUAGACCAACAAAUAAGAACCUAAUGAAGAAUGGGGGUUUCGAAGAAGGUCCAUAUUUGUUACCUAACACAUCCUGGGGUGUCCUGAUCCCACCCAACAUUGAAGAUAAGCACUCUCCCCUCCCUGGCUGGAUGGUUGAAUCCCUUAAAGCAGUUAAAUUCAUUGAUGUAGAACAUUUUUCGGUGCCACAAGGACGGCGUGCCAUAGAACUUGUAGCAGGCAAAGAGAGUGCCAUUGCACAGGUAGUCCGUACCAUAAUCGGCAAAACCUAUACCCUCUCAUUUGCAGUAGGAGAUGCGAGCAAUUCAUGUGAAGGGUCAAUGGUUGUCGAGGCGUUCGCCGGCAAGGACACACUCAAAGUUCCUUAUGAAUCCAAGGGCAAAGGUGGGUUUAAGCGAGCAGUGCUUAAAUUUGUUGCUGCUUCUAGCAGAACAAGAAUAAUGUUCUACAGCACAUUUUACACCAUGAGGAGUGAUGACUUUUCUUCUCUAUGCGGACCUGUUGUCGAUGAUGUGAAGCUGUUGAGUCUCCGUGGAACAUGAAUCAUUAGAAGCUAAUUAAGGGUAUAAAGCAAGAUUAUUCGAUGGUUUGGACUUUGGAUGUGUGAAUUUCGCCUUCGGGGUUAUACUAUGUAUCAUUAUUGUUGUUAUAUAAGAGAAGCAAGCAAGGGUUUCAAGAGUGGGUUUUUAACACGAUAUAUCAAGAAAAAUAAGAGAGUAUAUAAUUACUAAUACCAGGGUAGUUCAUAGUAGUAUUGUGAUUUUAUGAAAGUGGGGCUGUGUACUAUUUUUAGCAAAAUAAAUGAAAGAAAGUUUCUAUUUUUGAACUA